AUGGAGAGUGCAGUUAAAACCUGUGACCUUGAUAAGAUAAUAAAUUUUAUUGGUGAUACUGAUGCACCUCAUAAUACUUCUCACAUGAUAAUGCACAUGGUAGUAGACCCCUCAAACUUUUCAACAAUACAAACAUGUGAAGAUGAAUCAGUUGCAGGUGGUAUUUGUGGUAAUCUGUUUGAAGAAUUUUCACAUAAAAUGCUAAAGGGUGGUGGAAAAUAUGAAAUAAAAUUAUUAGAGUCAGAAGAAGGAAAUCCACAAAGAAAAAAACUUGAACUUAACAGUGGAGCAUCUGCUUCUUUAAUUAAUGAAUUAAAUUUGACUGUGAAAGGAAUCUUUAAGUUUUCAAAGCUUGAACAAAUAACAACAGAACAUCAAGGUUUUUAUUGUUAUCCAUCUAUACAUUCAUUUGAAUCAAUUGAUGCAUUCAUUCCAGGAACUAGAUCUUCAAAUCACAGACUUUUCCAAAUGACAAUUUCAAAUUACAUCCCAUUAAACAAAAUAAAGUUAACAAAUUAA